UCCUGUCCUGAGAGCUCUGGUGCAUCAUGGAGUCUGUGAUGAGAGUAAAAAAGACGCUGAGGACGCCCAUCAGAAAGCUGACCAGCUGUGUGUCGGGGGUGAAGGAGAGGGAGUUGUGUGCCAAACGCAGGAAGAGGAGGGGCAGAGAUGGGAGAGGAAGAGGAGGAUGCAACAGGUUGGGGAGGACCCCUCCUCUCCGAACAUCACACCCCAAAGACCCGUCAAUCAUCUGCUCGUACCAGGCGGACCUGGAGAAGGAGAGAAAGCUCCGAGAAGCAAUGAACACUCAGAAGAAUGCGGAGAGAGCAGCUAUGAGAGCUCACUUCAGGAGUAAAUAUGAGCUGUCUGAGAGCCCCAAGGACACAAACCACCUGAGGUCUGUUGGCGGGAAAGUGUCGCUUCCCUACGAGCUGUCCAAGAUCAUGCAUCCUGAAACCAAAACCAAGGACGAUGGCUUCAACCUGCUGAGCGCCUUUCAAGGCCUCAGCUUCGGCACAGCGGCGCUCACAGGGAGGACACACAGCAAGACGUCCACUCCCACACCAGCAACUUGUAAAGUAAUGUGAUCAAUAUGUGAUCACAGGGAUGAUCGGUACAUGUGUUAGUGCAGGGGAACCACAGGGGACCCUCAUACAUGAUUGCUGCUCACACACAAACAGUGCUUCAACCUCUUACAAACUCAGUCCAAUCAUCUCUGUUACACAAACAUGUCAUUCAGACUUUGCUUUUGUACUUAUUUUUUGUCUUUUAUGUUGAAAUAAUAAUAUGCCAGAUAAUUUUAUAUCUUAUAGUCUUUGAGAUAAGCUGAAUAUGAAUAUGAAUAAUGUAUUAAUUAGUUCAUGAUUUUAUGUAUUAUACAAUAUAGAAGCUACUAGAUUAUUAUGACUAGCUAGUUUAUAGAUCCAAAUAAGUGAUCUAUACACAAGUAAGGAACCUCAGGGAAACACGUUCAAAUUUAUCACACAUUCACAGUAUGUAAUUCAAGUAAUGACAUUACUAAUUUUGUACUUCAAAUUGUUUUACUGUCUUUUUAUAAAUAAUCUUUCCAUAUAUAAACUGUAUGUAUGUAUGUAUGUAAUGUAUGUGAGCAAAGUUUUAAGUUAUUAGUUUAUUGAUUAGUUUGCAUUGAGGUGAUAGUGGUGUGUAAAUAGUCUUACACUUUCCUAAUCAAGGUUUUUUAUAAAGCAGAGACCAAUAACUCACCAAUAAAACCUUGUAGAGUUACCUACAAAUGGAUAAGUCAUGGUCCUUUUAAUUUUGGUUUAUUAGCUGUGUGUGAAAAACUUUAAUACAAAAACUGUUAAACUAACUAAUAAAAACAUUUUGACCA